CCAUCUGGCAGGGUCCCCAGACCCUCUCCCUUCCCUGUGGGCACCGUCCCUCUCGCUUCCUCCUGAAGACCCUGGCGUGCAUGCUACCUCCUAGGCUUCCCUGGCUGCCUAGGCCCAGUGUGCCUCAGUCCCUUUCUUUGCAUCUUGUGCUUGACUUUCUUCUUAGCGCUCAUGAACCACAGAAGUCCUCUUAUGUAGGUGCCAGUUGGCAUGCGUCUCGUCUUGUUUUUGCUGCAUCCAAAGCGCCCAGCACAGAGCCUAGCCGUCUGGUAGAGAGCAGGGCACCAUGUGAGGAGGGCUUGAACAGAUGGAAAGCAUACUGCAACGGCUCUGCUUUGGGAAUUGGACCCUGGGUGUUACACCGCAGGUCAAUGGCCAGCAAGGAGGGGGGUCCGAGCCGGCGGCGGCAGUGGUGGCAGCGGGAGACAAAUGGAAACCUCCACAGCAGGGGACGGACUCCAUCAAGAUGGAGAACGGGCAGAGCACAGCCGCGAAGCUGGGACUGCCUCCUCUGACGCCCGAGCAGCAGGAGGCCCUCCAGAAGGCCAAGAAGUACGCCAUGGAGCAGAGCAUCAAGAGCGUGUUGGUGAAGCAGACCAUCGCGCACCAGCAGCAGCAGCUUACCAACCUGCAGAUGGCAGCAGUGACAAUGGGCUUUGGAGAUCCUCUCUCACCUUUGCAAUCGAUGGCAGCUCAGCGGCAACGGGCACUGGCCAUCAUGUGCCGGGUCUACGUGGGUUCCAUCUACUAUGAGCUUGGGGAGGACACCAUUCGCCAGGCUUUUGCUCCGUUUGGACCCAUCAAGAGCAUUGACAUGUCCUGGGACUCUGUCACCAUGAAGCACAAGGGCUUUGCCUUUGUGGAGUAUGAGGUCCCAGAAGCCGCACAGCUCGCCUUGGAGCAGAUGAACUCGGUGAUGCUAGGAGGCAGGAACAUUAAGGUGGGCAGACCCAGCAACAUAGGGCAGGCCCAGCCUAUCAUAGACCAGCUGGCUGAGGAGGCACGAGCUUUCAACCGCAUCUAUGUGGCUUCUGUGCACCAGGACCUUUCAGAUGAUGACAUCAAGAGUGUAUUUGAGGCCUUCGGCAAGAUCAAAUCUUGCACGCUCGCCCGGGACCCUACAACUGGCAAGCACAAAGGUUAUGGUUUCAUUGAGUAUGAAAAGGCCCAGUCGUCCCAGGAUGCCGUGUCUUCCAUGAACCUGUUUGACCUGGGUGGCCAGUACUUGCGAGUGGGCAAGGCUGUCACCCCCCCAAUGCCCCUGCUUACACCUGCCACACCUGGAGGCCUCCCACCUGCUGCUGCUGUGGCUGCAGCUGCAGCCACAGCCAAGAUCACAGCUCAGGAAGCAGUGGCUGGAGCAGCGGUGCUGGGUACCCUGGCCACGCCUGGACUGGUAUCCCCUGCACUGACUCUGGCCCAGCCUCUGGGGGCUUUGCCCCAGGCUGUCAUGGCUGCCCAGGCCCCAGGAGUCAUCACAGGUGUGACCCCAGCCCGGCCUCCCAUUCCGGUCACCAUCCCCUCUGUGGGAGUGGUAAACCCCAUCCUGGCCAGCCCUCCAACGCUGGGUCUCCUGGAGCCCAAGAAGGAGAAGGAAGAGGAGGAGCUGUUUCCCGAGUCAGAGCGGCCAGAGAUGCUGAGUGAGCAGGAGCACAUGAGCAUCUCGGGCAGCAGCGCCCGCCACAUGGUGAUGCAGAAGCUGCUCCGCAAACAGGAGUCCACGGUGAUGGUUCUGCGAAACAUGGUGGACCCCAAGGACAUCGACGAUGACCUGGAGGGGGAGGUGACCGAGGAGUGUGGCAAGUUUGGUGCUGUCAACCGCGUCAUCAUCUACCAGGAGAAGCAGGGCGAGGAGGAGGAUGCGGAGAUCAUUGUCAAGAUUUUUGUGGAGUUUUCCAUAGCCUCCGAGACUCACAAGGCUAUCCAGGCCCUCAACGGGCGCUGGUUUGCUGGCCGCAAGGUGGUGGCUGAAGUGUACGACCAGGAGCGUUUUGAUAACAGUGACCUUUCUGCGUGACCUUGGCCCGGUUGCCUGGACUUGCACUUGCUCCUUGUUCCCUCUGGGUUUUCUAGUGAUGUGUUGGUGUCGCAGGCCCAGCCGCCCGCGGGGGGAUAAAGGUGCAGAUGCUGUUGGCCCUCA